AUGGGUAAAAAAGAUAAAAGCAAGAAGAAAAUAAGUGGUAGUGUAAAAACUGCACUUAAAACGGAGAAAAAGUUAAAUGCAAAGCAGAAAAAGGAAUUGGCUGCACUUGGUGAGUUCUUAAAAAUGUCUAAACAGUCUAAACAAAAUAAUUUUAAUUUAAAUAAUGUAGAAGAGAGAAACAUUUAUAAAAAUAAAAUAAAUCUAAAUAUUAUAGAUAAUGAUGAUAUAGAGCUUGUGAUUGCUCAAAUUGAAAAAGAAGAAGCUAAAAGACAACGUGUUGUUGAAAAGAUAGUGGCACCACCAUCUAGACGUGUAAAUUUUACUUUAACAGCACAUCCUUUCAAAGAUGAACUUAUUAUGCUUGGUGGAGAGUUUCAUGAUGGACGAACGACAUUUGUUUAUGGAGAUAUGUUUAUAUACAACUUGAACAAAAAUGAGUGGAUGAUCAUUAGAGCACCUAGUGCUCCACCUCCACGUUGUGGUCAUCAGGCUGUGACUACAACUGCAAAUAAAGGAGAACUGUGGGUAUUUGGUGGAGAAUUUUCAAGCCCUUCAGAGUCACAAUUUUAUCAUUAUAGAGAUUUAUGGGUUUAUCGAUUUGCAGAGAAAAAAUGGGAAAAAAUUUUGUCUUCUGGUGGACCAUCGGCCAGGAGCGGUCAUAGAAUGGCACAUAUAAAAAAACAAUUGAUAGUAUUUGGUGGAUUUUAUGAUAAUUUAAGAGAUUAUAAAUAUUACAAUGAUGUAUAUGUAUUUAAUCUUGAAACAUAUGUAUGGCACAAAAUUGAGUUAUCUGGUACUCCACCACUUCCAAGAUCUGGAUGUGUACUGUUACCAACAUCUGAAAAUAAACUUCUUGUAUACGGUGGUUAUAGUAAAGAAAGAAUAAAGAAGGAUGUUGAUAAAGGUUGCAUUCAUAAUGAUAUGUUUUUAAUGACUCCUGAAAAAAAUGAUCAGACUGGCUUAAAAUGGAAAUGGGUGUCUGUAAAGCAAUCAGGAAUUAAAGUAUUACCACGAUGUAGUGCAUCUGCCACUUUAAUUCAACCAAAUUUGGCUUACAUAUUUGGUGGAGUGUUUGAUGAAGAAGAAGAAGAGGAACUUCGUGGAACAUUUUACAACGAUUUAUUAGCUUUAGAUUUAGAAAAGUUUCAAUGGCACAUAGUGACACUGAACGGAAAAAAAGAUGUAACUACACGACAUCGAAGAAGAAAAUUGAAGGAAGAAAGUGGACAAGAAAAUGAUAUUGAAGCUGAAAAUGAUAUGGAUAUGCUUUCUUCUACUUCUGUUGAAUCUACAGUUGUUGAUGAUGAUGGAAUAUUUACAGUUACAAUAGGACCAACACAAACAUUUACUGCCGAUAAGAAAGAAAAUGUACAUAAAAAUGUGUUUGUUCCGUGUCCAAGAAUGAAUUCUGGAUUAGUUGCAAGGCAUAAUAUCUUAUAUUUAUAUGGCGGUAUAUUUGAAGAUGAAGAUAGACAGUAUACAUUCAGCGACUUUUAUAGUUUGGAUUGUCGUAAACUAGAAGAAUGGAAUACAAUAUUAAAAGAUGAUUUAUCUUCUCAAACUUGGUAUGAUUCCAGUGAUUCUAGUUCAGACAGCGAGGAUACAGAUGAUAAUGAAAAUGAGGAUGAUCCUUCAGACAAACAGAUGGAUAUUGAUAAAAACUAA